AUGGGAAAGCGUGAGCGGGAGGGAACGCUAAACAGGGCGCGCUGCCUGGAUUUUGUGCGCCAGCUGUGGGACAAGGACGAACUGAAGAUGUUUCACCACCCCGUCAGCGCCACGGAGUUGCCGGACUACCACGAGGUCAUACAGUUCCCUGUUGACCUGUCAACCAUCCGCCGCGGCGUGGAGGCCGGCACGUACGACAGCGACGCGGAGGUGCAGAACGCUGUGGCGCAGAUGAUCUCCAACGCACUGGAGUACAACGCAAAGGGCACAGAGUGGCACCGCCAGGCGCUGGCGUUUCGUGAAGUGUACUUGGAGCUCGCGAAGCAGUGCGGUCUGAAGGUGGACGAGGACGCGGUGUACAUUCCGUCCGCGGCGUUCAAGGACGACGAGUCGACGCUGCGCAAGGCGGAGGAGGAGCACGCGGAGAACAUUGGGGAUUUGCUGAAGAAACUCGAGGAGGACAAGGCGGUGCCGCUGGAGGAGCUUCGCGCGAAGUACAGCGCAGGGCACCCGAACGAGCACGUGAAUGAGAGCAGUGGCAGCAGCAGCGGCGGCAGCAGCGACAGCAGCAGCGACAGCGGCAGCGACAGCAGCAGCGGCAGCAGCGAGGAGGAGGAGGAGAGUGAUGUCAGCAGCGACCAUGACGAUGACUCUUAA